AUGCCUCCAAUCUCCCGUGAAAUUUACGGUUCUUUGAAUCGAGUUACUAUGCUCGAAGCAGAUGACUACCUUCCGGAAAAUUCGGCUGCCAAGUUGAAAGUAUUCGAGAUAUCCGGCUCCCCUGAACCUGCGCUUGGCUCGAUCAUCGAUUCGGAAACGAAGAGAGAGUAUAUGAUUAUAAUGAUUUUACUUGCCAUUUUGAUUUCCUCCAUUAUCGGACUUUCCAUUGGCUUUAUUGUUCGCCAAUGUCAGCGAGCCCAUUCCAGGCGAAAAUGGGAUGUCGAACAAGGUCGACGAGAAGUCAAAUAUUCCAGGCCCUUCGGUUCCUCCGAAUUGUCCUUGGGAAUGUACAAAGACAACGGCGAAGAGGAAAGCCUUUACGUUCGUACGCGGUCAUUUGAUCUGCAAACACCUGCAGCCACUCUACAAUCACCAAUGGUUCCAAUGGCCCCAAUGGUCCCGAAGACUCCACAUAAUGCAUCGUCAUUGGAAGCGCACAUUCUUUUCCCACCUGGAAUAAAGCCAUCGCGAACAAUUCCGAGCCAGCAAGGACCAGGAGCACCUCUACGGCCCGAUCGGGGUUCCAUUUCACUACCUAACAUCUUCGAAGCCGCUGGCGGGCCGUCCAUGAUGUCUCAACCUUCAUCAUUAGCGCUUGGGCCAUACUACAGAGCCGGGAUGAUGCCCAUAAGUCAACUCUCAACAAUGCAGACACGCAGAACCUCAACCCCAUCUCCAGUUGUCGCACUAAGAUCGCGCAGCACCACACGCCCAUUGUAUGAACGCUUGCAAACCAGAUCAUUAUGGUCCUCAUCGGACUUCAGCGCCACAUUCGAACCGCCUUCUCCUAGCCUCUACUCACCUACUUCGUCGAUUCCAGUUCAAUUCAGAAACCUCUCUCCUCGACCGGCUCCGGCACUAUCCAGUUUCGACCACAUAUCAUCUGCGAAUCCCUUCGAAGAUGUUUCCUCCAUCGCGUUACCCAUCGGGACACCAGCACGGCCUAUAUCCUCGAUAGAUACCGAGGGCGGUCUUUCGGCACUCUCAUACCCUGGACGAAUAGCCCAGCUGCGCAAGUCCCUAAGCACCCUUCCAGCUCUAGACAUCCCACCAUCCCCAGCACCAUCUCAGGAAAGUCGCCCACCCUCUUUUGCACCUAAACAAGAUCGCUCCGAUGCAGCCAACAGAGAACCGGUCAGCAAGAUCGAGCGGUGGCUCUCCGGAUCAACCGGGACCCUCUCCACAUUUGGUUCUAUCCUAGGAUACCCUGAGCCGCAAUCCGAGGCGAGGAGAUCGAGCGAAGCGGAGACUUGGUCGAGGAGAGGUCCGGUGGUGUCACCUAUACGAUCUAUGAAAAGUUCACGGCGCCGCGGAAGCUCACCCGAGGACUGGGUGAGGGGGGGUCUGGGAACGUCGCCUGUGCGAACCACCGUGGAAAGCUCACGGCGUAGCAGCUCCUCGGAGGGAGAAGUGGUAUUAAUCGCGGCGGCAUUUUGA